GAAUGCAAACCUUAAAACUCUUCUCUCUGUUGGAGGCUGGAAUUUUGGAACUCAAAAAUUCAGUGCUAUGGUUUCCACAGCUGCAAAUCGGCAAACAUUCAUAAAAUCAGCCAUUAGCUUCCUACGUAAGUAUGGGUUUGAUGGUUUGGACAUAGACUGGGAGUAUCCUGGGUCAAGAGGAAGCCCAGCUCAAGACAAGCAUCUCUUCACAGUCUUAACACAGGAACUGCUAGCAGCCUUUGAGGCAGAAGGGAAAAGUACUGGGAGACCACGAUUGUUACUUUCAGCUGCAGUGGCAGCUGGCAGACCUACGAUUGAAUCUGCCUAUGAGAUUCCUCAGCUGGGACAAACUCUAGACUUUUUCAAUGUGAUGACGUAUGAUUUCUAUGGAUCUUGGAAUAGCUUCACUGGAGAAAAUAGUCCUCUUUAUGCUCUCCCUUCUGCUCAAGGCAAUAACAAAUACUUUAACAUGGCCUAUACCAUUAAAUAUUGGAAGGAUAAUGGAGCUCCCGCAGAGAAACUGAAUGUUGGAUUCCCAGCUUAUGGCCACUCAUUCAGACUGAGCACAUCCAGCACUGCUGUCGGUGCCCCAGCCAACGGUGCUGGACCGGCUGGGUAUUAUACACAACAGUCCGGUUUUCUGGCUUAUUUUGAGGUCUGCCUCUUCUUAAAAGGUGCUACGGAAAAAUGGGAUUCUCCACAGAUGGUUCCUUAUGCCUAUAAAGGAAAUGAAUGGGUUGGAUAUGACAACCCACAAAGCUAUGAAGACAAGAUCAAAUGGCUGAAGGAAAACAAAAUUGGAGGAGCAAUGGUAUGGACUCUUUCUCUGGAUGACUUCAGUGGCACUUUCUGCCACCAGGGACGUUAUCCUCUCAUCAGUAAAUUACACAAUGGUCUUGGAAUAAAUCCAGAAUGUGUGGCUUCUCCUCUUCCCAGCACUGCUGCUCCUCAUAAUCCCAAAACUAAUGCUCCUUCUGGGGGUAACUCACAAUUUUGCUCUGGCAAAUCCAAUGGUUUCUACCCUGAUGAAAAGAAUAAGAACAUCUACUAUCGAUGCGUUAAUGGAGUCACCUACGUGAAUGAAUGUGCUACUGGAUUAGUCUUCGAUCCCUCCUGUGAUUGUUGCAACUGGUCUUGAAAUAAAGCAGCCUGAAUAGAUUUGCAGUAAUGGAUCUCUGGCUGACCUGCAGCUUGAUCAAUGGAAAUAUCAC